AUGGUGAAGCUGGCGUCGGCUCGGGAGGUCCGAAUGUACGGGCCCCGGAUGGACCGGAACCGAGCCGAGUACAUAAACGCGGGGCUCUACGUGUUCGCGACGGUGGUGCUGCUUGGUGGGUUUGUGGCUCAGCUGUCCAAGGAGCCCAAGUCAGGCCUGGUUCUGAUGCUCAUAGCCUUGGUCAUAAUCUUGGUGGUGAAUUUGCAUGAUCUGGUGGCCCACCUUGCCAUGUUCGACUACUCGAUGCCGUUGAUGGAGCUGGACCUGCAGCUGGCGCUCGUAGAGUUCGCUGUUCCGGUGAUUCAGGCUCUGGGCUCCGUCCUCUCAUUCUUGGGCAUUCUUUUCCUUCUAAUUCAGGCAGAGGAAGGGUAUGGCUACUCUAAGUUUGAGAGGCAUGCGCAGAACAUGCUUAUUGCUGGCCCUGUUUUGUGGUUGCUGGGUUCGAUCCACAACUCUUGCCAAAUCUAUGAGAGAGCGGAUGGGCAUGUCCAAAUCCUGCAACAGAGCGUGCACAUCCCCUUCUUGAUUGGCAGUGUGCUGUUCACAGUCGGUGCAAUUCUCAACACCCAAGAACAACAUGGUUUGUUUCGUCAUGGCCUGCAGCUACUGGGUAGGAAUUGGGUGUGGUUGGGGACCGGUGGCAGCCUGAUGUUCCUGAUUGGAGGAUUGGCAAAUGUGGUGAAGGUGUUCAAGAUGCAACAGAUGAGUGAUGGGCUGAGGCUUGAGAAGCUGAGGGGAGGGGCACAAGAGCGGCUAGUUUAUCAAAGGGAAGGCCAUGUUCCCCUGAUCCUAGAAGAUCAACGGAGGAGAUCAAACAGACCACCUUAUCACGAUGAUGAUCAUCGUCAUGUGGAACCAAGUGUAGCACCACCAGUACCUCCCACCCCGUACAAAGAUAGUCUUGUCGGUCCCACCGCUUGA